AUGGCGUCUGAGGUGAAAUUAAACGGGGAUGAACUUUUGGAAGUUGACAUAUGCGACGGUGGCGUGUGUUCAGAAGAAGAAAGCGGCGUUUUUGUGAACUCGGUCACGUCCCUGCAGGAGGAUUUCUCGGCUCUUCAUCAGUGGAAAACUCGCUCCGACAUCCCUAAUGACACAUCAUCACCUCUGGCACAGCGGCAGCUCAUUGGCACCGACACUGCCGCCCAUAGGACCAACGGAGCCGCCGACAGCAGCGACUCUGAAUCCCAUGGAGGUGGAGGAAAGUGUCCGAGGACUUCCAUAGUGGACUGUCUUCUGGUGGAGCUCUAUGAGCACUACAGUGGAGGCGGCAGGAGAAACAUGGACAGCUGGGACAGCUCCACCGAGGCGUCUGGAUCUGACGCUUUCCUGGGCCGCAGUAACUCCGGGUCCAGUUUCCUGCUGGAGCUCCAACAGAAACACACCCGGAGACACCAGAUGAACUACCUGGCUCAGAAAGGUGAGGGCUGGAGAUGAUCAGAUUCAUAAGGAGAGGUUUUACUUCUUUGAAGUUACAUCUAUUUAUUCAGAUUCAAUGUGGUGCUUGAGAGAUCUGUGACUUUUUAGGAUGAUUUAAAGCUCCUGUAAAGAGUGUUUUUUUUCUUCUUCUGGUAGUUAAAAAGACUUAAAUUGAUACUGAUGCCUUUGAGUGACCAAAGCAAACAAAAAAAAGUCUAUUUAUUAUGUCUUUGAGUUGUUGUUUUUUUGGUCAUAAAUGCCUGUUGGGGGUAGCAGUCAGAACAGCGUUUGUUUACAUUUUCAGCAGUAAAAGGUCUUGAUGAAUUUGACUGUAAAAACAAAACAAUUUUACAUAGGUAGGAGAAAAAAAUAGCAUAAACAUAUGCUGUUUGUCUAAAAUUUUUAACAAAAUAAUCAAAAAUGUGUAAAAAUGAAUGGUUAAAAUGAAUGAAAGCACUAAAAGUUGUGAUAGAACUUCGAAAAGUGAAUGGUUGACAUAUUAGAUAAAGUGUUAAAAAGAACAGAACAAUAAAAGCAACAUCAAGAUCCAUGAAUUAGCAUAAAAAUAAAAGCCAUGCAGUUCUGCUAUUGGAAAAUUUUCAAACUAGCCAUGCAGCAUGUGGCAUAGUAGCUUUGAAGAAUGACUGACAGGGAACAAAAAACUGGUUUAAAUGAGUUUUAUUAGAUGAGGAAUUUGUCGUGUAGCACAGAUUUGACCACAAAAUCAUUGAAAUUAUGCACUACAUACAAUUAAAGGCCUCUUUCUUAAAGGCUUUGCUGUCGCCUAACCCCUUGCACCAGUUUCAGACAUUAAAAAUGACAGUAUUAGAAUUGUUACGCUCAUCACUAAUGGUCUUGUUUGCUUUUGCAGAUCAUAUAAAGGCGUCAAAAUGAAUUUCAGUCUAUUUGAUUAAUGUGAAAAAUUUCACACAGGAGCUUUAAGUUACAGUUGUAUGUGUUAAAUAAGUGUAUUAAUGCAGAGGAUGCUCAAAAGAAGACACGCACAGUCUGGAUACAACAAUUUUUUGUCUCAGUGUUUUUUUCUUUUUCUUUUUGUUUGUUUGUUUUUUUACUUUGUUUAGCCUGCUGAAGAAGUGCAUCUUGGGUAAAUAAGCCCCCACCCCCAGUGGCCAUAAGAGUUUGCUUCCUUGUUGAAAUUUUAAACUGUGUUUCACUGAGAUUAACGAGACAACUUUGUGCACCAGGAACUGUGUUACUUUAAAGUGAGUCAGCGGCACCUUAUUACUGAAUGAAUGUAAUACAUGUAAACUUAAUUAUGAUAUCAUGAAAGAAAUUACACAUUUGCAUCAGUUAUAAAUUGCAGGAGUAGUCAUUCCUAGAAAACCCAAUGAAUGAAUGAAUGAAUCAUAAGAAGUGUUGUGUAUUUAUGGCUUAAGAUAACUGAUCAUUAGUACAUGUGCAGUGUUUUCAUUUCAGCACAAUCAUGGAGGCAGAGUGUAAAUAAUGAAAGGGAAGUCUGAUCAUUCUCGCACUUUAUUGAUUUGAUGUUGUUCUGUGGUGACUUUUACGCAUCUGUUGAGUCUUUGCUGACAUAAAUAUGUGGCUGACAUUUCCUCAAAAGUUCAGGAUCAUAAAUAACCAGCAGGAGCUUACUGGCUGGACAGUACGCCUCACAGUAUGCAAAUCCUCCCAUGCACAAACAGAGACAGAUAAGAGUGCUGACAGCUUAUUUACUGCUCCUCACUCUGUGCUGCAGUGUUGCCCCAGUGUCUGUGAAGGCACGUUACUGUGUGUGCCACGCUGCCAUUGUUUCCCCUGUUCAAGUAGAAUCCUUCAGUCAACACACGCAGGUCUGAGAGUUCACUGUUUGCCCUUUUUACACACGUGAGGCUCAGUUAAGUUAAACAAAGCAGAGAGCGCCGACAUUCAGGAAGAGGAAGUGCUGAGAAAAUAUCUCACAGAGCAGAUAAAACCCUUUAAAACCUUUGGGGAAGGGUCAUUAAAUGACUUGUGCAGAAGUUUGUGUCAAUGUGUUUGGCAGCCAUAUUUCUUAAACUUUCUUUUUUUUUUUUUUUUUCUGGGAUGUAAACAUCACAGAGGCAAAAAGUUUUGGAAAUGGUCCAGUUUUGGUCCAGCCUGCAGCCAUGAAAACCAGCUUAACAGCGACAUGACAAAAGUAUUCCCACGUAUUUGUGCAACAGACAAGCACAGGUAUUUUUCAAGUGUCCAAAAAACUCUAAAGCAAGAAUCUCUACUGCAAGUUAAAUGUUCUUAUUAAUUAUUAUUGAUCUAAAACAGCCGUAACACCAACUUUCAAAGCUGCCAAACUCCAUUGAAAUAAACGCAAGUUUUACCGUACAAGUUGGUUUACAUGGGAGGAUGUUGGCCUACACCUGCUUAAGUUUUUUAGUUUGUUCAGGUAGUUUUGGAUGGAGUGCAGUUUGUGUGUUUCGUUUUUUCUCUUCCGUUGAAGAGCAUUGUUUGGGCUUUUUAUGCCUCUAUGAAGAGACAGGGCAGUGAAUAAUGUGGGACACUGAGGAGAGAGAAAAGAGAAUGACAUGUAGUAAAGGCCUCAAACCCAUGUUACUGCUUUUAGGACUAUAUUGUACACCGUAGGGGUUGAUUAUUUUCGAUUUUUCAGAGCUGAAAACAAUACUGACACUGAUAGCAGUAAUAACUAAGUCUUUGGACCUAAAAUUGAUGAUUGGAGUCAUUAAACAUUGACUCUAAAAAGGAAAAUCUUUGUCUAAAAUUAAAAUUUGGAGUAUCCCUGUCCACUCAAGUCAUGACUGGCAGUCCAGAAAGGACUGUUGACAAAAAUUUGGACUAACUGAUUUUAAAAAUAAUAAUAAUGAUAAUAAUAAUAAAAAUAAAAAUAUUAACUUUAUUUUUAUAGCACUUUUAAAAACUGAAGUUUACAAAGUGCCUUGACAUAUAGUCAUAAAGCACAUGGAAAAAGACAGAUAAAAACGAAACGCUCAGUUAAAGGCUCAGUGAAGGCCAUUUUCAUAAGUUAUAAGGAACCCAGACAAUACAAGAACCAUGCAACAUGAAAUGAGACCAUUUUAUAGAGUGAAAAUGUUGCAGAAAGCAAAAUUUUCUUGAUGAGUUCCUUGAAAUAACACUUAACACUUAUUACUCUAAAUAUCUAAUGUGUAAUAUUUUAUUCUAACAAUAUAUUUCAUAACCAUACCAAACUGAAGUCCCAUCUCCUUGGACUCCUUUACUCUAAGAUUUCUCAGUCUGAAUUUAGCAUCACCCAGGGAUGACCAAAAAUUACAGAAUUUUAUAUUUAAAUUAAUUCUUCAAACCAAUCAGUAUUCUCCACAUGAACAACCUGUUUAGGCUGGCUAUACUCAGAGAGGUACAAGGACACAAAAAGCGACUUGAUUACAAUACAUUAGUAAAUGUAAUCAGUCACUAUCCACUCCUGCGUGUGUGCUACAUUCAUUUGUAAUUUAUUCAAAAUGUAAUGGUAUGAAAUGAAGAGAAGCAGAAAAGAGCUUUUACCCUCUGAACUCUGUCUCAUGGGUUUUUUUCUGACGAGGUUAAAAUCAGAUUUUCUGCAGCUGAAUAUGUUUUGUCUCCAUUAUCAUGAGGAUGGUGUGUUUGUGUGGUUGUGUGUUUGCGUGUUAGUGUGGGGUGGUGUUCUGGUUUUCAUUUGCUCUUUGCCUGCAGCUUCAAAAACAGACAAAUGAGUGAGAUAUUUGGAUCCAUCAGUGGAGCACAGACCUCACAUGUGCUUUCAAAAUGUAACAGGCAGCUUUAUUCAUCAAACAUCUUCUCUUUGUAAUUCACUGUGAUAAAUAUAAUACGUUUUUAGGACCACCUGUGUUAAACUUUAACGUUUUUGUCUUUGUUUCUCUCUGUUUGUUGUUUUUAGACCCACAGGAGCUGCUUUCAAUCAUCCAAGAAGUGAAAUAUCGUACAGGCCUGCAGUCAGCCAGGCUACUGCGCCAGCUGAAGAGACGAGACCGACUUAACCACAAACUACAGAAAAACUACGACAUCAUCACGGCUUGUCUGCAGGCCGUGUCUCAAAAACGACGUAAGAACGCACAUUUCUUCUUUUACUUUGAAACCAGCAGAGAGCAGCUCACUCAAACACUUCGACAGGAUGUUUUGGUUUUCUAGGAUUUUGGAUAACAGAGAAGAAAAGCAAAGAAAGAGAUUAAAACCCUUUACAUACUCAUACAAACAUACUCAGAUAAAAACAGCUCUUUAAUUUACAUAAUAGUUUGCCAAAUAAAACCCAAAUCACACGAUUAAGGCAGAAGUGAUGUUUUCAUUUUUAUAUCCCAAAUCUCCUUACCAGUUUAUUCCUAAACAGCCUGAAAAAUGAUUUAAAUUCACCCGACUGUUCAGUUAUGUAAGACAUGCUCGGGAACAACAAAAUUAAUUUGUAGAGAUUGUCAGGAUGGAGAUUAUAGUGUAAGCCUCAAUCUGAUCCAUACAUGAAUGUUAAAUAUUGUGGAUUUACUUAUCGAGGACGACUGACUGCAACCUAAAGGGGUUGUAAGGCUUGAAGUUAAAUUUGAUUGAAGUAGAAGGAAAAUUCAAGGCUGGUUUGAUUGAAAAGAAGCUUAAGUAAGAGGACUGGAGCUUAUUGACAUUUCCACAGAAAUGAAGAUUAUUGUUGUGCAGGUAAAGGUAGCAAACCUGGACAAUUAUAUUUGCAGGGAGUAGAGAUAAAGCUCCUGUGAGGAGUUUUUAUGAUUAUAAAACAGAAUAAAUUUUAUAUUGGUGCCUUUAUAUGACUUUCAAAGGUAAUAAGACGGUGAGAGAUACAGCUGCUGAUUUUAUAUUGCAAUUUUUAAUGCCUGGUGCGAGGGGACACUUGUUGUGUCAGAGGCUUUCUCUCUAGUGUUUACAACAUGUCUGUCACCAACGAUAUCUGUGGUUUCCUUGAAGCCUAAUAAGGAAUGCACAGUAUAAUCAGCAUUGUAUCUGUAUUGAAUCAUAAAAGCAUUGACAUUGUGUUAAAAUGUGAACAUUUCGACCUUAAAUUAUGGCCGAAAUUUUAAUACAAUGUCAACCUUUCAGCAAAGAUGCAUGCUGAUGAUAUACUUGGAUUGAUAUUGGUAUCAGUAUUGUUGGUACCAGGUGUGCUCAGAUUGACUCGGGGUCCUCUGUCUGCUCAAAUUUUGACCCCAAAAUACAUUUUUUAAAAUUUUCUAUUGCUGGUGAUCACAUCAGCCCAGGGCAUUAUAACACAGUUUAUGGUUUACGGUCCUCCACCUGCUAGUACUGCAAAAACACAAGGACAAACGACACCAAAGUAUGAAACUUCGUUAAGCCUUAGAUGUUCAGUCAAUAACAAUAGGAAAAUGCUAGCGGAAGACCAAUGUCCAAGCUGGGAAUGACGUCACACCCGAGUUACCAGCGUUUCAGUUACCAAGUCGGAAAAAAGCGAAAUUGGAGGUAUAAACAAGAUGGCUACAUCUAUGAAAGUUAUUUUAGUGCUCGCGAUUUUAGUUAUUUUAAGUUAUUUUAACUACCCCUUUCUUAGAUGUAGCCAUCUUGUUUCGGCCUCUGAUUUUGUUUUUUUCCGACUUGGUAACUGAAAUGCUGGUAACUCAGAUGUGACGUCAUUCCCAGAUCGGACAUCUGACUUCCGACUUCCCAAACAGUAAAAACAAUCAGACUCUUACAAAGUUUAACCCGCGAUUGACUAAUGAGUGGAUUCCUUAGAUUCUAUUCUUGGUAAUGAUUUGAUGCCUGUUGUUAUUCAACUUUCAAGUAUUCUUAAUAAAGUUUACUUCAAUGAAAUACAUUCACCCUCAUAAUCGGCUUUUCAUUCUCAUGUUAAAAGCAUUUAGAGCUGUUUGAAGCGGCUCUCUUUCUGUGGUAAAUGUCUCUUUGACCUUUUGGAAAUGUGAUGGGAAAGCUUUGACAAACACAUUGAUGGCGUUCAGGUCUGCUGUGCAUCUGUAGUUAUUUAGCUUUAGUUAUUUACUGUUCUUUUCUGUCAGUAGGCAGCAGGAUUGUAAAAUUAAAAGAAAUGCCUUCCUUGUUGGAGGUAUUUACACACAGGGUUAUGACCAGGCUGAGUUAAUAUUUCCAGUGCAGCUGGUAUUUAACACAAACGCUCACGCUGUCUGCACCUGCACAUGAAGGCUGUGGUUACCAAAGCAGCUGACAGCAUGAACACUUAAUUACCUCUCAGUGUUGAAUGAUUUGAUCGUCUCCUCAGCAUGUGACAUGACACGUGCCUUGAAAAAAGAGAUUCAUGAAAUUUUCUGAUGUAAUAAUUGUUGCAAGGUCAUUUAUCAUGGCACUCUACCACCGGACACGGAGCAUGACUGAUUCAUUUUUCUGCUUCCAUCUUGACUGUUUGCUGAUAUCGAUUCAGAGUCAUUAAACCUGCAUGUGCUCUCAUUCAGGAAGCACUCAGAGCAGACUUGCAUCAGAUUGAGUUGGUCUACUCUUUGAUUGCACUCCAUUUUUAGCAGGUUGUUUGUUCGAGUACAACAUCCAAAAUCCCCAGUAUUUUCUCCUCUGUACAUCUUAUCCAUCACCUGAAACAUAAGCAAUGCAGGUUGAGUUUGUUGAAUAGCGCAGUGUUAAUUUUGUCCCUUUGGAGAUAACUGCAUUUUACUCUAUUUACAAAAACCCAGUGUAAAGAUGAGGUAAGACUGAGCCUCAUCUUGUCAGAUCAGAUCCAUUCCCAACCCAUCUUCAAGCCCAUGAAUGUAGCACUUUGCAGCAGAGAGGGGAAACUUCCUUUAAAGCUGGGGUAGGCAGGAUCUGAGGAAGUCCCAGUUUUUGGGAGAAAUCUUGAAUGUAAACUCUACCCCCCCCAACCAGUUUUCCCCUCAGUUUCUCCUCUCCCCUCCGUCUCUGCUCCAGAAAAGCCCCGCCCACAAACAGACGCUCCUGCUCGCUCGUAUCGUUCCAAUUAAAUUCAGAUAUAAUGCAGAUAAAUACUUAAGAUAAUUACAAAUGGAGCCUAGUCAACAUGAAAGUAAACAGCAUUGGUGCUACUGUAGAUGCCAACAGACUACCAGCAAACACAAUGUUUGCAGGACUUCUACAACUAGGAUGAAGUGACAUAGUCCAGGACCCUAAGUAAACAGUUCAGCAGUUACAGCUGUUACAGACAUUUGGCGUACUUUGUUAAAGCGGUUUACCUGUCCAGCAUAAAGGUUACAGGGUCUGUAAGAUCCCGAAGCGUCCCCUAUCGUUUUAUGUUGACCCGGCUUCUUAGCUCUUGUCUGGUCUACCUCUGUUUUAAGCGUUAUUCCACCAGAGUUUCCAGUAUUUACUUCGUUUUCUUGCUUGUGUUGGCAGUUGUUGUCAAAGGAGGAUUCAUACAAUUUUCUGUACUUUCUGGUUGGUUUCUACUGUUCGAUAUUGUAGCACGCUAACUUUGUUUGAGCUCCUGAACGACACAGGGAGCAGCGUCCGCCUCACAACCAAUCAGCACUAAGGAGCAGUGGAGCAGGGGAGGCGGGGAAUGGCUUUGUUUACAGUCAGUAAGAGCGGAGUGCUCUGAAAUUUUAAAAUGUUGACUACACAGACAUAACAAAACACAGCGAUAUCAUAUUACCAAAUGUCAUCAAUGACUAAUAGCUAUUGACUGAUAUUAAAAGCUUUUUUCUAUACACACCACAAAGAAAGAUGCUUCUUUAACGGAUUCCUGCCGACCCCACCUUUAACAGGCAGAAACCUCAACCAGAACCAGGGCGGUAGUAGCUCAGGAGGUAGAGUGGUUGUCCAAUAGCCGGAAGGUUGGCAGUUUGAUUCCCCCCUAUCGGAAGUCUGUCCAUUGUGUCUUUGGGCAAGACAUUUAACCCACCUCUCUCCCAGUGUGUGUCCUCCACUGGUGUAUGAAUGUGAGUGUUGUGUUCUGGUGGUCAGAGAGGCAGUAGGCGCAAACUGGCAGCCACGUUUCCGUCAGUCUGCCCCAGGGCAGCUUUGACUACUAAGGUAGUUUACCACCAUCAAGGUGUGACUGUGUGAGUGAAUGAAUGAUGUAUCCAAUGUAAAGUGCUUUGAGGGUUUCGGAUAAAGGGCUAUAUGAAAUCUGGUAUAUUAUUAGGUCACGUUCACACCUAAAGGUACGUUUCCUGAUUCGAAUCCAACGCAAGAUGAUACAAGAAAAUCGUGCGUAUGAACAGCUCGUUAGCCAGCGAGCGUGAACUGCGGCAUUAGUUAAUACAUAGAUGUGCUACAAACAACAGACGGAUAAAGACGAGACGGCGACAGGCAUUAAUGAGAGCCUACCACAAUGCGUUUUCUCUCUGGUGUCAAUCAGGACAAGUGAGUAGACAACAUUUAUUUCACGUGUGUGGUGCGUUUCCUGUGAUUGGUGUGGAUGACGUUCACACCAGAAAUGAACCGCUCCAGAGAUCACUUGAUAGCGGUCCGAGACCACCUCUUUAGGCGGACCAGAGUUUGUUUAUUUGGUCUGCACCAGAGUUCGAGGUCAGCGUUCACACCGACCCAAACGAACCGCACCAAGGGGGUAAACGCUCCAGGGUCCGGUUCAACUGGACUAAACGAGGGUGGUGUGAACACGCCCUUAUUAUUUACAAUCAUCUGCUGCUACUGCAUUGGGUUUAGAGAUGCAUCAUCAGUCUUUCUCUACAUUUGCACUCAGUGACAAUGUGCCUCAUCAAGAAAUCACAUCAACAUAUUCAGUCACACUUAUAUAAGCAGAUAACCUUUCAGCUGUCAAUGAAAUGAGUUAAAGAUAGGCCAGUUUAAUCUUUGUCAACAAUUUGCUUUCAUAUUCUCUCUCCUAUGUUUUUGGUGUAAGUGGGUGCACAAAAAACAAACCCUCAGCUAACCCACUUUUCUCUGUAUCUGGGUUAAGGAAACAAAAGCCCACCUCCGCUCUCUUUAUUCAUGCUUCCUUCUUACUUCUUUCUCUGUCUUCCACCAUUACCUCAUCCUCUCUGUCUCCUCCCCACGUGUCCCUCCAUCCUACCGCAUCCCUCGGUCCCUCGCACCUCCUCUCGCCGUGACGUGUCAGGCCGGAGGAGGAUGAGGAUGAGGAGGAGGAGGUGUGCAGCAUCAGCAGCAUCAGCAGCAGCAGUUCAGCUCAACACAAGCGGCACAAACCACAAAGCGACGAGCUAUUUUUGAUCUUUUUGGACCAUAUUUUAUUCAGAUCUCUUGGAAGUGGGAACGCUGUCUGUUGACCAGAGCUGCUCCGGUGAAGGACGAGCUGACGGGCUGCGGUGUCUCCGUGGAUAAGUCGAAUUUAUAAGCGAAGACCGGAAGCGAUCGGAAACACGGCAAAUCAGAGUAAUCGAUUAAUUCCAACGCUGAAAGGAAAAGGCGUCAAGAGAGCAGCUGCAGCUGUGGAUUCCAGGAUGAAUACACAGUAAUCUGGGUGGACUUGAAGGGGGGAUUUUUGGUGCGGGACAAGGCGAUGAGGUGAUUGAACGCUCCGGUUCUCGAUGAGGCAGGAGCGGCUCCCCUCCGCCGGCAGGAGGCCGAGGGCGGGCUUGAAGCAGCGGCAGCAGAACGCGGGAGGGGUCGGUAACAUCAUUAGCAAUGUCCUGAAGAAACGGAACGGGAUAUCCCGGAGUGCACCGCGGCUACUCUGCACCUUAGAGCCAGGUGAGACUUUUAAUACCGGGGAUCAAAUCGACUGAAUGAGGGAUUCAUGGUCGUGGUCAGAUAGUUUAAUGCAUGUAAGUCUAUAGGGUUAAAUAGGGACACAGCUUUUACAUCUGCAGCUGUGGGACCUUUAUACUCCCAUAUCCCCUUUUGUUUACACCUUUAACAGACUUACUCUUGCUUACAAUAUGCAUCAGCUAGGGCUGCAAAACUAACAAUUUUUAUCUUAUAGCCCUAUAGAUUGUCAACUCUCACAGAGGCUCGAAAUGUGUUUAGGAAAAUGUUGAUUUUAGACCUAAAAACUGGUUCAUUUUUUGGCAAAUAUGCAAAAGUGCAUCCAUAUUCUGUGAAAACUGAGUUUUACUUUUAUCUUUUGUGUGCACACAAAAGGUUAGUAACCAUUCAUUCAUGAAGAUACUGUAUACCAAUGCAAAUCUGUGCAAAAUCAAAAUACCACAUAUUUUAUACCCAUACAGUGUUAUUUCACCAGAGUACCAAAGUCUAUAAAGAUGACAGAUCUACUAAGGAUGCACCGAUUCAAUAUUUGAUGUCAGUACCGGUCCCGAUACUGAAGACAAUUCCAGAUCGGGUAUCAUGACAAUGAGCUUGAUACAUAGGGGCCGAACCAUUCAGUCUAACUCUAUGCUAUGCGCUAUGAGUGGCAUCAGAAAGUAAAUACGCUGAGCGGAUGCCUGCAUUGUUUCAAAAUGGAGUGAGCAAAGGGGUCUGCUAUCUUUAAGUUUAUCACACUACUCAGCCUACAAGCUAGACCGCCACUUGCAAUACCUGCACAGUAAACGUUCCGAGGGGCAAUGGUAAAACUUAAAGUUACAACAAAAGGUAAUUCAGCGCAGCCUUUCUGCAUCGGAAAUGGAUCAGUAUCGACCCAUACUUAACUAUAGAUAUCUGCAUCGUUAUCGGAGGUGAAAAAAGCAGAUCAGUGCAUCCCUAAGAUCCACAUGUCUUUGAUCCAAAGCUGCUUUAAAAGGAAGAGUAGUGGUCGAGUGAUAUUGAAACAAAGUAAAGAGAGCGAGGACAGCUUAUGAAAACAAAUCAGUGAAACAGGAAACAAGAAAUACUUAUCAGUCAAACGUUGAUCUAUGAUCAUUUAUUUUAUUCUUAAAUAGCUCUGUUUGCAGUUUGAUUAUCAAACAAUAAAAAGAAAUAAAAAGAAAAAAUCCAUCAGUUGGUAUCCAGGAGUUUAAUUCUUUUUUGGUAUAGAAAUUUUGCACACACAUGCACAACAAAAAACAAACAUUUUUUGGUCUGGCACUGUCCAAACAAAAAGAUAUCCAUCGUGUUUUUUUUUCUCUCGUGUACAGUCCGGUGUUAAAUCAUAAGAUACAUUUUCAUUCAUUGAUCUUGUCAGCUUUUACACAGUUGUGAUCCAGUUUCCCUAAAAGACUUUUAAGUGUCAGAGGAGCUUGUUAUCAACGGUGAAAGUCCCAAACCUGAUGGAGGAAACUCUUUCCAAUAAGUUCAAAAUCAAAUCAUGAGAGCGGCCGAGUGGAUAUAAAGUUCAGGUCUGAUUUCAAUUAUCUGAUGAUGUAUCACUCUGACCAAAUAACUGAGGAGAGAUCAGAUUUCCUUUGGUACUCAGCUACCUUAUCACCAAUGCAUUACAAGUAGUCUGUUUUUAAAAAUAAGAUUAUUGUUUUAUUGUGGUGCUUCCCCCCUAUAAAACACCAUCCUUAUGUCCUUUUUUUGUGCAUAUUUCCUUGUCUCAUUCUUUCCUUUCUAACCCCUUUCUUAUCUCCUUCUGUCCUUCCACGUCUUCUUCAUAUUCUUUCUUUCUCUUCUUUUACUCCCUCACUCCAUCUACUAUUUUUUCUUCCCACUUUUCUUGUUUCCUAUUUUUUUCCUCCUACUUUCUUCCUGUUAUCUCCUCCUACUCCCUCUUUCUUCCCUUGUUUUCUUACUUUAUGCAUUUUUCUCCCUCUUAAUCUGUUUUUCUGGCUUCUUGCUUAUCUUUGCUCUCUUUGUACCCUAUCUCUUACCCUUUGCUCGUUGUCCCAAAUUUAUAUAACUUCACUCAAUCCUGCCUUUAUUCUUAUCCCUCACCUUUUUGUCUCUAUUUAUGUCCUCAUCCACCCUUUCUAAUUUGUCUACCUGUCUUCUCUCCACAUUAAUCAUCUCUCUCUCUUCCAUGGACCAUGUAGGCUGUAGAUUACAUAUCGUCUUGCAAAGUCAUUUUCAAUUCAUUUCAACUCUGCACAGAUUAAACUUUCUCUUAUUGUAACAGAGUGAACUCUCUGUCCCUCUCUGUGGUGUGUCGGUCCUCAGCUGGUCUGUAUGUCAGCUGUGUCGGUGUAAUCUGUGACAGAGAGGAGGAGGAGGAGGAGGAGGAGGGUUUUCACUGUUAAUCCUCUCCUAAAGCUCAGACAGGGAAACGCGGAAUAAAGCGACGUCCAUGCAGAAUGGCGCAGGACAAAACGACAGAGGAGGACCAAACAGGUUAAUCACAUCAUUUAUCCUGUUAGGCGGACUUUUAUAGAAGUGAAAACGAUAUUAGUCAUACUUUAAGUGCGUUCGGCUGCAUUCAGGAAGACUGAUGGAUCCUCCAGAGAGAGAAAGGUGGAUGGAAAUGGCCGCUGUCUGAGCUGCUGGCUUCGAGCCCAGACGUGUCAGGACCUUCUCUCUUAACUUCACAUCAAAGUUUAAUUUCCGUUUUGUCUUCGGGGCGGGGGGUAAAGGGAUUUAGUGUACUGAACUUAAUAUUCAGUUAAGAUGUUGUUAUGUGCUUGUAAAGAGGUUUAACUGAUUUAAAGUAAAGCAGUGGUUGAAAAGCGGUUUCAGCACCACGCGGAAGUGGACAGCGUCUCCUCUGCGUAAAGUAACAAAAGAAUGUCCUCAAAAAUGGCGUUUUGUGGAAGUGAAACUCCUUACAUCGAUUGUUUUUCUCAUUUUAUCAUGUAGAAAGUGAACACAUUUUUUCUUGACUUAACUAACUACAAGCUAUCGUUCAGAUACUCCUGAAAAUGUGACCGUUAGCGUUUAACGUCCAUCAACGUCGUUCAAAAGUAUUAUCAGACGGUGAAAGAACUUACAAAAGACCAAAUGUAUGCUUUUCUAAAUAGGUUUUUGUUUGCCUUACAUAGAAAAUUGCACUGAUGACGUUUGCUUUUCCGGUAAAACUACUUAUAAGUAGUAAGUUUAAGGUCUUUUUUAAAGCUACAGAGCUAGCUUGGACGUGGACAGCGACUCCUCCGCGUAACGUAAAAGUGUCCUCAAAAAUUGUGUUUUAUGGAACUGAAACUCCUUACAUCGUUUUUUUUUUUCUCAUUUUAUCAUGUAGAAAGUGAACACAUAUCUUUUUCUUGAAUAGACUAACGACAAGCUUUUGCUUUGAUACUUCUAUUAACUGAAAAAGUAACCGAAAGUGUUUAACGUCCACCAACGUCGUUCAAAAGUUCCAUAGAAAAUUGCCCUGAUAACAUUCGCUUUUCCGGUAAAGCCUUGAACUACUACUCAUAAGUACUACCUGUGGUUCUAAAACUACUUAUAAGUGUUAAUUUCUACCAUCCCUAUCCAGCUGCUUUUUGUUUUGUGGUUUAAACUACUUUAAUCCUAUGAACUUUUUGCUACUUUUAAAUGGUUCAUAAGGCUUUCUUCCGAGCAUGUAGGCCUAUUCCCCUUUGGCUAGCAUAAAUGUUAACCAAAAGGGCCAGUAUGAGAUUCUGAAGGUAUGAUAAUCUUGAUGAAAAUAUCAAGGUGUCAUGGUAUUAGGGUACUUUGUUCACUGUAAAGUUAUUUUAUAUGCAGCAGAUGGUGUUCAGACAAAGUGACCAUCUGUACCUCACAAUAGGUUGGAUAUCAAAGUGGGUCUGUACUAUCUUUAAGGUACUAAGGAAUUUUUCUUUUUAAAUUUCUCUCUGGGACAGAUUUUCCAACUUUAGGUCAUACAUUUUCUGUGUCUUGCAAUCUGUCUGCUUACUAUACUGUUGCUGAUAUGGAAGUUCAUGCUAUUUAUGCAGAGCGAGCUUUAUGAAGACUUGAUUUAUUCAUUUGUGGCUUAUUUGUUUGGGACAGAUAUAGUUCACUGAUAGUGGUGAAGUUAGUAAGUUUUAAAUGAUCCAAGAGUUUGCAGCUUUCAUCAAUGAAUGAAUGAAUGAAUCAAUCAAUCAAUUUUAAUGUAUGUGUACCAAAACACCACAGUCGUUGUCCCAUAGAAAAGGCUGUCUGAGUAAACAUUGUUUGGCUGAAUGAAACCUUAAAAAGCUGCUGAAGCUCUAUAUGUAUUCACAGAAGGGCUGGUUAAUUGGUGACGAGUAAAUGUUAUAUAUGUAGCUACAGGUCAGUGCUCUCAUAGCGUGUUUUUCAAGAAGCUUUGCAGUUUCAUUGUUUCACAGUUUCAUUAAUUGAAAGCUGCUUUGUUGUAUAAAUUCUAAACAAUUUGAACUUGCAAUAACCUGACAUUUUAAAUGAUAUUUGUCACAAAACUCACAAAAAUUGUAGUCCUACAUCUUAUAUUUUAAUAAUGAUAUGCUUGGCAGUGUUUUACAUUUUAUUGUAUGUUCACUUAACAGUUAAUUUAAGAAGACAACAUGGUAGGAUCCUUAUCCAUUUAACAUUUAACAUGAAGAAUACAUGCACAUGUGCAUUCAUUUCUCUCCUUUAAUUAUUACCUUUGUUCAAAUUUCUCAAUGGAGCAUGUAAUGGUGUUUAUCUUGGCUUUUCUCUGGUUAAUAAUUACCCUGUUCUCAGUUGCUGCCUGCAUCCGUGUUCUGUGGAAGAGAGAGAGCACAAAGCCUCAAAAGAAAUGACUUUCAGAGAGGGUCAUUGCAUAACCAUCUGAAGGACAGUGACAGUGACCCAGAUCUUGUUUCAGACGAGUCUGACCAGGUUUUUGUGUUUGUUUUCAGGAGUUGACACGAGACUGAAGUUCACCAUUGAGCCAUCAUUGGGGAAGAAUGGAUUUCAGCAGGUAAAAGACUGAACAUCCUCUACUCCCUGCACCACAGAGACCCGGUUUAUUUAUUCUGCUUGCAGCUGUAGUGCUGUUUGAAUAUGUUUAUGCUGUUUAAAUUUGUAUUGCAAUCAGACAUUCUGUCUGUUAUUGUCAGUACAUAAUAUGGUUUUACUACAACUUAGGUUGAUAUAGCAAUUUCACAUAAACAGCCUUAGUGGGAGUCCGAUGCUGAUUUUAAAAAAAUAAACAAACUGUGUUUUUUUUCUGGAUCCUGUAGUGGUAUGACGCCCUGAAAGCAGUGGCCCGACUCCCAACAGGGAUCCCAAAGGAAUGGAGGAAGCGGGUAUGUAACUUUGACUUAAUAUAACACAAAAUAAAGGUUUAUCGUUUCUUAAUAAAUCAUCUGAAGAACUUUCUCAGCCUUUCAAGGGAACAAUCUUGGAACAGACAGUCAUUCGGUUUGGCUGACUGAUGUAUCUGUUGGACCAUUCAUUAAGCCAGCCCAAGUUUAAUGAUGAAUGGUAUUGUGUUGUCAUAUUUGUACGCUCUGUUGGUGAUGAAUAUCAGCAAAUUUUCAUAAAAUAGCAAACCAAACAGCCUCGUAACUGUUAAAUUUGCAGUUCACAUCUACGCAAACACUGAGUCACAAUCCCUGGGAGUAAGCUCUGUUUCGGCUACAAAUAUCCUCCACAAAAUUAACAUCUCUAAACAACAACCUGGUUUUGCAUUCUUCCCUUGUUUGUGUCGACUCAGAACCCAAAGGGUGUUUCGUGAGAGACACAGAUGACAUUGUCUUUGUGCAGCAAAAAGAGAGCAUUCUUACAGUCCUAGAGAACAACAUGUAAUUAUGUAAUCUGUGCAGAUUGCCUGAGUGGACCCCAGGAUGAGUAGUCAUACCACUUGAUAGUGGCUGAUAGGGAUCCAAAUACUCAAUUAACUGAAUCAAUCAAAAGAUGCAGAAGCACUUUGUCUCCAACACUCAGCUCAUCUCACAUCCUCAUAACUUGAUCUCUCGGGUGGAAAGAGACAGGAAAUGGAAGUCAUUACACCCAUUUUAAGGAGAUGAACUGUGAGAUCUUCAGCUCUCUCCUGAGUUUACAAAACAAACUGAAUCACUCUGAAUGAGAGGGGGAUAAUCUCAUUACUGACAGGAAAAUAGAUGCAUUCAAAUAUUUGUUGACUACAGACAGCAAACAGAGAAAUCUGUAAUCUAAUCUACCCAUUUUUAUGAAUUAUUCCCCUCUACUUUUUUAGUUUAUCUCUUGAUAUCAGAUCAUAUUUCAUGUCUUUUAAUUCCUGGUGUUUGUUUUGGUCUCUGUGCAGGUUUGGCUGACACUUGCAGAUCAGUAUCUCCACAGUAUCUCCAUCGACUGGGAGAAGACACUUCGCUUUGCCUUCAACGAGCGCAGCAACCCGGACGACGACUCCCUUGGCAUCCAAAUCGUCAAGGUAACUAUAUGAUCUUGUUAGUUCGAGGGCUGGGAGCGGGAUGAAUGUAUUUCUGCUGCGUGUGAGUUGAGUCAGCACCACUGGGCCUUAUGUACAGACCUCAGCACUUUCCAAGACAGUGACUUUAAAAAAGCUGAACUCCAGGCCGCUGAAGACCUUUCUCCACUGUGACCUACUUCUCAAGACUCCCUGUUUACUCAGUUUAAUGACGAGCGCAAGUCCAAGACAAACUCCGCAGUCAGACUCUCUGUCUGUUUAUGCAUCAGUUCAGAUCUUUGUGUCCACAAAAACAUGAAUGUCUUUUCAAAAACACUAAAAGCAAACAGUGAUAUCCAUGAGCUGAUGCAAACUGCAGGAACUGGCUGCCCCAGCUUCAGAGGUCAAACCCUGUUAUUUCUCAAGGCAGAACUCCUGACCUUCAUACAAUGAGCCGCAUUUCAAUAUGUCAUCAUUUAUUCAGAUGUCUAAUUGCUUCUUUGGAGAGAUAAAGAAACAUUAGAGAGAGUUAUAAGAAAACAUAGCAGUAGAAAAUGCAUGACAUCAUCUUUUCAUGCUUAAAAGUCUUGACGUUAAUCCAUUUACUCGCCUUAAUCAGAACAUACAUCAUCGUCUUCACUGGAAAAUAUCAUCACUGAGUAACACAGUCAUCUCAGUUUCAUAAAAGAGCCGGUGAAGCACAGUAAUCCCCCUCUUAAGAUCAUGUUGUCAGGCUUUUCAAGGAAUAAAGAGCCUCUAAAAUCCUGUGAUAAAAGGCUCUAAUGAUUUCAGCUGCUCUGUUCAGGCUCCAGGAAUGACAAAGUUUAAUCUCAAAUAAACAGACGACACUCAAACUGUCUGGCACGGCAGCCAAAAUCUGUUCUUGCAUGUUGACCUAAUUUACUCAAGAUUGAUCUUCAGGAAGUCUGCUGCUGCGCUCAAGAUGCCAAAUAAUGUCAUUUUUGAUUGAUUGGCCGUUCCUUGUAACUCCUGGUUACAAAUCAGCUUACAUCACCAAUAAAACACAUCAUAAAUCUUGGGACUGUGUGAGUGUGGAGAUCAGAGGGGAGGAUGUUUGUUUUUGAGUGUGCGUCAGAGAGCGAGAUGACUGCAUCACGGGAAGAUCUCAGCUCUGUUUUAUUCCUCGAUGACUCAGAGAUUCAACAGAGAGAUGACCAACAGAGCAAAGUCCAACCAUCCACCUCCCUGUGUUUGUUUUCUCAUCACUGUCUUUGUCUUAAACCCAUGAAUGAAUGUAUCCACAAACAUCACUCUAGCCUCCUGUAGAAUAAUCCAUACUGUGUUUUGUGCUGUUCAGGACCUGCACAGGACAGGCUGCAGUUCUUACUGCGGCCAGGAGGGGGAGCAGGACAGGGUGGUGUUGAAGAGGGUCCUGCUAGCCUACGCUCGCUGGAAUAAAGCUGUGGGUUACUGUCAAGGAUUUAACGUACUGGCUGCUCUCAUACUGGAGGUUACCGAGGGCAACGAGAGCGAUGCACUGAAGGUACGCUAACACACUAACACACACCAAGUCAGUGGGAGACAAAUGUAGAGGUCAGACCUCCUGUAUGAAACAGUUUCUUCCUGCUGCUUCUCGAGUCUCUUAAUAAUGAAUAAAUGUCACUCUGCUGAAACCUUCCUAUGUUUUCUUCUCUCCUUCUUUUAGAUUAUGAUCUAUUUGAUCGAUAAAGUGCUGCCUGAGAGUUAUUUUGCCAACAACCUGCGAGCGCUAUCAGGUAAACACAAUGACACACAUGCAGGCUGACUCACUUUUAGGGCAAUCCUGAAAGACUGCAGGUUUGACGUGGUAGAAAAACUAGAAAUAUUUGUCCUUUUUUUGUAAAUUACAUCAUCCAUAUGUUGUAGAUACAUUAGGAACAGGUUUAUUUAGACUAGUAUAGCACUGAGAGAGAAAAUUUACCCUGAUCUGAGUUGGUGACCCAGCUAUGGAGCUGUCAUGGUAACUGCAAAAUUGAAAAGUAAUAUGCUGAAAUUCAUCCUGAUGCCUUUUUUAGGUAUCCAUCUAUAUGAAAGCAAACAAGACUGUCAGCAAUAAGAUUCAUGAUUUAUAUAUUUCAACACCAAAACAACAGCUUUUGUUUUUUUUAAUCUGUAUUGUCUUUCUUUCCAUUAGUGGACAUGGCUGUAUUCAGAGACCUGCUGCGUCUAAAACUGCCCAGACUCUCCCAGCAUCUCCACCACCUUCAGAAAGCUGCCAACAGAGAAGCUGGAGGUACAAAUCUGUCAUACUCAGAAAUUAAACAGAGUUUCUUACAUUUGUCCUUAAAUUAUUGAAAAUAUUUGGAGUUCUCUCAGACCAAAGUCACAAAUUCAAGUGUAAAAUUACUCCCCUGUGUCGUGUCUGUUUCCUCUCAGGAAGCUACGAGCCUCCGCUGACCAACGUCUUCACCAUGCAGUGGUUCCUCACCAUGUUUGCCACCUGCCUGCCGGCGCCCACAGUUCUGAAGAUUUGGGACUCCGUGUUCUUUGAGGGUUCAGAGGUGCUGUUUAGGGCCGCCCUUGCCAUCUGGGAGAGGCUGGGAGAGUGAGUAUCUGUCAGUCACAGAAAAAGGAACUGGUCAUAAUGUCUACAUUUUUUGUUUCUACAUGCUGCUCUGUAUGAUUCACUCUUUAUUUUUCUUCGUUUUAAUUUUCUCGUCUUCUUCCGUCUGUCUCUGUCCAGGAGGAUCGAGUACUGUCAGACAGCAGACGAGUUUUACAGCACCAUGGGAUGUCUCACUCAGGAGAUGCUGGAGCACAACCUCAUCGAUCCCACUGAACUUAUGCAGGUACAAGAACAAACCCAAACGUACUGUAUAAAAUUGUAAUACUUGAAAAAUGUAAUAUGAACCUAAUUCUUCCUCUAUUCUGUAACAAACAGGAGGUUUACUCUAUGGCAGUGUUUCCGUUCCCUCAGCUGGCUGAGCUGAGGGAGAAAUACACCUACAACAUCACUCCUUUCCCUACCUCAGUCAAAUCCAAUGGAAGGUCGGUCAACACUCUUACAUACAAUGAACAAAAGUCUUUCCUUUACAAAGCAGAAAAGGGAAUUUAUUUACUAUAUGUAUUUCCUACACAAAGACAAUAACUGGAAAGGCCACCUAAGUAUAAUGUCAGCCCUUCUUAAAGUGUGUUUCUAUCCCUGUUAUAUUGCCACCUUUAAUGGACAUUUUAGGCAAUCUCGUUUCUUAUUGCCUCUGGUAUUUGACACACGCUGUGUAACUUGGAAAGAGACUAGCCUUAAAAGCGAUCUGUACAAUUUUUAAGCAAUUCUAUAUAACAUGCUGGGAGCCAGUGGAAGGAAGUGAGAGUAGGAGUGAUGUGACGUUGUCUGUUAAAACCUUUGAGACGUCUAGCUGCUGUGUUCUAGAGAGAUAAUGCAUUUUUUAAAUUCCUCAAAGACCCCCACUUUGUCAGCACCUUCCUGCCGCCUACUGUUAACAGCAUGUCUUCUAUCUGAAGCAAAACACAAUCAUAAAAGAAUAAUAACAGCGUUUGUUUACGAGCAUGAAUCAUCCUGCACUAGAACCCUCAUGAUUCUAAGUCUUUCCUUAUCCUACCUUCACUGGUAAAGAUGCUCCUCUCUCUGUUGGACUGUCGAUUUUUUUCAGUUUUCUUUGUAUUGAAACUGGCGCCCCCUGUGGACAAAAUAAUACCUUUUAGUUCUUGCCCUGUCCAUGUGAAAGCGAUGUUUUCAGUCUGUUCUACCCGUUAAAACUCCUCACAGUACCUUUAAAUGAUUAAAGAAAACAAAAUGCCUUUCCCCUUCCUUCUUUGGUUGCACAUACAGACAGUUUUGUACUGCAGCCUUACGUAAGUCUCAGUGAAAUUUCAGCCUCUACAGACCAUUUGAGAACCAACAUAGUGUAAAUAUAAUUUUACUACUCUGACUGAAGAGCUAAAAAUGUCCCCAGAGUGGUUACAGUUCAGGAAAUCUUGAGUGAAAUAUUUAUUCUGCGUUAAUAUUUGAUGUGAUUGUGGAAAGGGAAAUUGAUUUCAGUUGCGGUUUGGUAGAAAGGAUGUUUUUCUGUGUUUCAGUGGUGGUCUGGGCAGCUGGGAGAGCGAUGAUGACGCAGACAUGGACGAUGAAGACUCGGUGGUGACGGCGCUCGGUUGCCUGGGUCCUCUGGGUGGCCUGCUGGCCCCAGAGCUGCAGAGAUACCAGAGACAUCUUAAAGGUUGGUGCGGCCUCAUAAUUCUCCGUCCAGACUUUUAAUAGCAGCAGCCUGUGGAGAGUUUACAGAGCCAUCAGCCAAGUGGAUCAAGACAAACCGCCGCCCCAAAUCCUCCAGUUCUGACCUCGAUUUGACUCCAAUUACAAACCGUCUCUGAUCUGUUUCCUCCAGACAAAUCCCUCACUUCCUCCUCCUUCAACGGCUCCUCCGAAGAGGAAGAAAGCAAACAGCCAGAGGGUUUAGUACAAAACUCUGGUGAACAUCUGAAGCAGUCGUUCGGAUCUCCAGAGAGCUUUAGAAAUGAGGGCUUCAUUUAACCUCAUAAGUGGAUCUCAGUCUUAGAGAUACGACCUGGUUUUCAAAGAGAAACACGGCUUGUUUUUAACUGCAGGCGUAAAUGAAUGAAUAACAGUUUUUACAGUAAGAAAAGAAGCAUAAAACCACCUCACGGUGCUUUAAAUGAUGCUCUGCUGUAUUGAGUCUGGGUUUUAUAACACAAAGAAAGGCAGAGCUGCUAAAAAAAGUGAUGAGGAUAAAACGCUCUGACCUUCCUCUGUAAGACUAAAGAGAAAACAAAAGAGAAGAAAUGUCAAACAAAUUUGACUUUGACCUCAAAGUCAAAGGCUGCUUUUGUUAACGGCUUCAAAAAGAGAAAAAUCAGGAACGACUGACUCAGUUUGCUGGGAGGGUUUCAUCCACAGACUUGAAAGUGAAUGCAUCACUGUCAUGUCCAAAGCAGGUUUUUAUCCCGGCUUUUGAAUGUUUCGAUGUUGGCGGGAUUUGAAAUCAGACGAGUUUGUGUUCCUUUUACUCUCCAGACCAGCGAGCGGAGCAGGGGAACAUCGCAGAGCUGAGCCCCGGAGCGGUGGGCGCCGUAGCAGCGGGAGGUGGAGGAGGAGGCGCCAGGGCGGAGCAUCAGGCAGCAAUCAACAGCAUGAUGAUGGAGAGGAUGAGCACCGACAUCUAUGCCCUGAAGAAGCAAUAUGCACGCAUCAAGAAGAGGCAGCAGCAACAGGCUAUGCAACUCUACAUCCGCACAGGUGAGGGAGGGGCGUUAGAGAGUUUUCACUGUCAUUUUUUAUUUUUAACACUUUUCUUUUCUUUUAUGUUAACGGAGGAGAGCAUCUGAGUCUUUACAAAACAGUUUGAGUCUAAGUCAGGCAAUGUAUGAACAAGUUAAGGUGGCAGUAAGCUGUUUUUUUUUUCUGCCAGACUGAAAAUGUCACUUUAUCAAUAAUUUUGUAACAUCCAGGUUUGAGCAUCAACAACAAAAAAACAACACAAAGAAGACAGUGCUACAGGCCUUGCACUUUGCAACCUGGAUAAAACUCUUUUUCUUUUUAAUCUGUUUAUUGGCAUUUUCAGUUUAAACAUCAACAAAUCACAUGUUAAAUAAAUGUACAUAAUAAAUCCCUCAGUCCCUCCCUCACCACCCCAUGUUCCCAGAUCCUCUAAAAGGAGUAUACAGGGAGAAAGAAAAUAAAUAAAUAGAUAGUAAUAAUUAUACAGAUAAUAAUAAAGAUAAAUUACACUGCAAGUUAUCCAGCACAUACAAUUUAAAGAAAGGGUAUUCCAAAAAAAAAGGGUCCAGAAAGAGAAAUACAAAUUAAAUUAAAAUAAUGGGUAAUAAAAUAAAAGAAUAAAUAAAAAAAACCUACAUAUAAAUAAAGCGCAAUAUUCCCGAUCAACACUGUUCACCAAAUGUGCAGAUUUAAGUACACAUAGAUUUAAGUACACUCAUCCUCUGUUAAAUGCAGCUAGGGCUGUAGCUGGGUUGGGUCAGGAGGAAUCCCAGUUUGUGUCAAAGUGCAUAAAACUUCUUUGUGACCAAAUUUUUAGAAACAUUUCCCUGCUUUCUAUGUUUUUAGCGGUUAAUUAGUUUAUCAUUCUUAAUGCACACAAAUUUACCUCAGAGGUACUUUAGGCGCUGAAAUGACUCGCCUGUACUUGCCUCUGCAUGUUCCUUCUGUUUGCCUACAGAGGCAGUUUACAUCUUAGUCUUAAUUAAAACAUAGAACCAGUCGAGGCAGAGCUCGUUCUUCUGUAAACAGCACUGUGCGAUCACAUCCAAAGGAGCGCAACCACAGAAAAACAAACACUGAUGAGGAGAUGCCUUUCUCGGUGGUGUGACAGAAACACAAACAGACCGUGAAAUAGUUUGAUAUUUGAUGACGAUGUGUGACUCACAGGACCUGGAACUGAGGUGACCACAAGUCCGGAGGUCCCCAAGGAGCAGCCAGACAAAAGCAGCGACAGUACCGACCAACACAAUGACGGUACUGGUGUCAAACCAAAAACUCAUCUGAGACUCAUAAAGCUGGGUGGCUCUGGGGAUGAUUGGAUUUGGUCUAACCAUUUUCUUUUAAUUAAACGGUACAUACAGCAGGGGUUCCCAAGACAGAUUUCCAAUGGAUUCUCCCCACAUGAUUUAGGAGAAAUCACAUGAUUUAGGAGAAAGUUAAAAAAUAGCUCUUAAGAAUAGGUAUUUGAAACAUUUCUUACUUAAAAUAAUUGAUGCCUAGGUUUUGAAGCUCCAUCAGAUUUAAACCUGGCUUACUUUGACCAUUCAAAGUGUCUUCUAGAUAAACUAAAGAUAAUAGAGAAAAGGCAAAAACAUUGGAUAUCUGGUUUGGGAACUGCUGCUUCAAAAUAAAUGACUCCUCUCCAGGUGGCACAAUUAUGGAAUCUGUGACAAACAAGGGUUUUGAUUGUUCUAACAUGUAUUCAUACUCUGGAUCUGACAGGCGGUGAUGGUUUAGCUCUAUCUCCACUAAACCAGCUAUGUUGUAUGUUUAUUUGGAGAUAUCUGUCACUACUCUGUAUUGAAGUCCACCAGGUUGGUCUAUAGAGCUGUGAUAAGAUGAUUACAGUCAUAGGGUGCUGGUUUGGCUCAGUAAAGACAGCAUUCGCCCCUGUGGGCAGAGGCUGAAUUCUGUCCAAAUCAGCCCAAGGUUCAACUCAAGGCUCUUUGGUGCAAGCCUUCCACUUUCCCCACAUAUUUCCUAUCCCUCUUAAAGAAAAAGUAGAACAAAAUGUCAAAUGACAAAAUAUUUGGCUAACCAGCACAAGCCAUUUACAUCAUUUGCCGUAAGGCUAACCAGUUUCCUUAUCAAUGCCUCUCACUGCGGCGAGCCCAAAACAAUGACAUGAGUCACGCAAGAGGCAGUCGGCGAGACCAACAAUCAAGAAGUUCAGGAAGUAAACAUCGCAGACAAAGGACAGGAGCAGUCUAAAGCUCUGUUGUAUAAGACGUAUAACAGCAGUGUUAACACUAUCUGCCCUCAAAAUGUAAAAUCCACUAGUUUCGUGAGACCAUUUGCUUUCCAGUUAUGAACUCUGUACGUUUUACGAUCCAGACUAGUGUAUUUUCAGAGACGGUCUAGAUCUGUGAUAAAUUUAUUGAUAAGCAGAAGUGAUAAUGACAUUAGUAUGAGUAAAAUCUUUCCAAUUUCUGUCCCUUUUGCCAAGUCUUAUCACAAUCUAUUCAACCAUUUCAUGUCGGAGAGCCUAUCAGUUGACAUUCCCUUCGACAAAUUAACAUCUUCGUUAGUAACAGAUGUCUCCAAUAAGUCAUUUUGUCUUUUUAAAGAUGUUGAAUGUUUAUUUGGCUUUGUGCUGGAGGAUUUUCUGUUUUUUUUUCUGUCUCUAACCUCACUCCUUUUCCAUGAUGCUUUCAAUCUCGACCAAUAUAUGAUCUGUUCAGCUGUUCUAACAGUAUUACAGUCAGAUUGGAUGUUUUUUUUUUCCUCUUUUCAGAUUUAAACAUCUGUCCACCAGCUUAAACACACUCACCCCUCUCAUUACUCUAAAACACGCUCAGAAAAUCUCAGUAAUCAGCUUUUAUAAAUACAUUUACAUCAACAUGGUUUACGCUGCACAUUACUGUACAUGUUAUGUAAUAUGACCAGAAUUUAUUACUUUGCACUUGGCGUGUCACCCAAAAUACAAUUCUCGUUCUAGGAGAAGCCUGAUGGGUAAAUCCUUGAGAUGAGAAAAUAAAAACUAUGACGCCCUCUGGUGUCUGAAGGAGGUGCAGCGCUUUUAGAACAGCUGUUCCUCCUCCUCUCUCUUGUUAGCAUGUUUUGAUGAGAUUUUCUGUUUGUCCUUUUACCUUCAUCUCCCUCAGACAAGUGCCCCGCCACCAGAGUCCUGCCCUCCCAGCUCAACCCGUCCAGCACAGUCAUCAACCACCUUCUUCUGGGGCGAAGACCACGGGGAGGAAGCUCCAGGCUCACAUCCUCUAGCACCUCCACCCUCCCAGGGUCUCGACCCGCUUCCGUGUCCCAGAAUCAGGGCUCCCCAGCAAGGCAGCGCUGCGGCUCGAUCCCGUACAGCAGCAGCGGAUCUCCUGGCAGCUCUGGCGGAGGCAUAGGGUCACCCUGGCGUGCACAUGUGCGGGUACAUCGGAGGAAUAUUGCAAGAGCCCGCGCACAGCUUGGGUUUGAAGAUUCAGAGGAAAGGGAAGAUGGAGAAGAAGAGUCAGUUGGAUUUGAGGACGAGGAGGAGAGGGAAGUGGAAGAAAAUGAGAGAGAUGGGGAGGGACAGAAAUGUGAGAGUGAUUCGUCUCUUUCAGCAGCUUCUGAUCCCUCCAGUGCUCGGUCAGGAUGUGAAGAGGCUCCACAGGUUCCUGAUGAGACAAAGGAAGCAGAAAUUUCUGAGGUGGUUGUGCAGUUGGACUGCUUGGAUCUUAAGGACCAAUCAAAUCUGACCCCUACCAACAAAGCAGAUUCACAACCCACAUUGGCUGAGUCCAAACCUGAACCCCAAGUCCCUCUGCUCCCACCUCCUCCAUCCUCCAACCGCCACAAAGAUUCUGAUUCCUCAGGCUCAGAAAGAAACAGCUCCUCUGACAGACAAUGUCCCCCCAUCGCUUUACCUCCACCCAACCACUCCUUCAACAUCCACACAUCCUCACCUUCCACCACGAGUCCAUCCACCUCCCCAGUCCCUACAUCCACCUCUCUUGAUCCAUCCUGCUCAUCUUCUCCUACACCACCAUCCACCCCAACGCCAAGCUCCACGUCCUACUUCCCAUCAUCCUCUUCAGCAAAUGACCUGUCCUCCCUACCCCUCCCAUCGUCCUCCAACUUUUACAAAACCUCCUCCCCCUCCACUCCCUCGCUUUCUUCUAUCUCCUCAUCGUCCGGAUCUCAUAUAUCCUCCUCCCCCUCGACCCCGGCGUUCCAGUCCAAAGGCACCUUCGCUGCUCAGAAACAGCAGAUCUAUUCCCCGUUCCCGUCCGUCAAACAGCCGCGGAAGUCGGCCGCCGCCAGGAAUCUCGGUCUUUACGGCCCAACAUCCAGAACACCCACAGUCCAUUUCCCUCAACUCAGCCGCAACCUGAACAGAAGCAGCGGUGCUGGGACCAUUGGGAGAAGAUAA